UGAAGUUUAUUCGCUGAUAAAUAAAUUAUUUACCAUAAAUUAAGUGUAAUUGAUUAGUAUUGUUCAGUAAGCGAUUUGAUACGAGUGUGUGUAUUAUUAACAAAUACUAUUUAAUUCUUCGUUUAUUUAGUUGUUAAAGUCGUUACAGAUAUGAAGAAAAUCGUGAUUUUUGGCUCUACCGGCAAAACCGGUCUCUGUGCCACAGAAGCCGCUGUUAAAAAAGGCCUUAAAGUGCGAGCUUUCCUCCGAGACCCAAAUAAGCUUCCAACCAACUUAAGAGACAAAGUUGACAUUAUGAAAGGCGACGUGUUGGAGCCAGAUUCCGUCCAAAGAGCUUUAGAAGGCAUGGACGGGGUUGUUAUCUGUCUUGGCACUGGAGACAGCCUGGCACCAACGUCUGACAUGUCAGAAGGAACUAAAAACAUCAUUGACGCGAUGCGACAGAAGAAUGUUAAUGUUGUAUCAGCCUGCUUGUCUGCUUUUCUGAUAUAUGAGCCUAGUAAGGUGCCCGAGAGGUUUGUGCCGCUCAAUGAAGACCAUAAAAGAAUGUACAAUGCAUUGAAGGAUUCUUCGUUGAAUUAUAUUGUGGUGUUCCCCCCACAUAUUGCUGACGAACCAAGUCGCGAAGUAAUUACCAAGAUGAACCCAACAGAAGUUUCUCUCCGCACCAUCAGCAAGUAUGACUUGGGCAAGUUUCUCGUAGACGUACUGGACGAUCCUCAAUACUACCGUCAGGGCGUCGGCAUUGGUAACGUGCCUAACGCCUAAGUGACAAAACUUCAAAAAUAUUUAUUUAUGCAUGUAAUUACAGAUUAAAGAUACUAGCUGCACUUUUGUAGUGCGAAGAGGCCACGGACAUGUAUACAUAGUUAGAACUAAUUAAUAAAUUAUAAACAUCCAGAAACAAUAUGUAACGUUUAUUAUUAGUAAACAAAAUCUAAUAUCUUGACAAUAACAACUAGUGUUGGAGUAUGGAAAAAUUUCCAUUUUGAAAAAUUCAUAUUUUUCAGAAAAAUAAAUAUUUUUCCACUCUUGACGUUGACACUUGUCAAAAGUUGAAGUUACUGAUCGAAAAAGAUAGAGCCAUUAGAUAGGUUUCUUUGCUGUUGUGAAUCAUUUUAAAUC